UAACAAUGGGCCCUACUCAGGGAAAGGAAGUAAAUUAAUUUUAAUCUACAUCUAGUUAUCUCCUUAAAUGAGAGAUAGAGUGCUUAAGUUAUUUGCAAGAUUUGAUGUUGAUGGUUCUAAAUCAAUUGAAAAAUCGGAAACCAUUAAAUAUUGGUAUGCUUGACAAUAUUAAAUGUGAAUAGGAAAAGCAACUUUGCAAAAUUGAAUACUGAAGAACUAUUUAAAUCUGUUGACACUGAUAACAGUGGAACAAUAUCAGAAGAAGAAUGGCUCAAUUUUUGGACAUCAGUAUUAAGGAGUGGUCACACAGAGGAGGAGAUUUCUGAUGAAGUAUUAAUUUAAAAAUUAAUAUACUCAGCUGGAGAGCAUUGAAUCAGGGUCAUCUUGGGUUAAAUUCGAGAAUUUAGAUAAAAAGAAAGGGUGA